AUGUUUGAUUACUUUUCAUCGCUGGCUGAGCAAGUUUCACAAACGGUUACACAAAAUGGCAACCAACUGAUCGAGUUGUACAAGAAGGAUAUUGAUGAAUUUGCUGAUGCCGUUUCUGUUGGUAUUGUAAAGAUUAAUGAAUUGGCUUCAGAAUUGGGAGAUUCGGAUCAAUCAUCAUCAAAUAUUAGUAUUGAAAAUAUUCUGUACAAUGAACAAUCAUACAAAACACCAAUUUAUUUAAGUGAUGAAAAUGAUUUGAAUACUAUUCAAAUUGAUAUUGAUUCUAAAACUGAUGAAAUUAGUAAAUUGUUGGAAAAUGAUCCAAAAUUAAAGGAAAUUCAUACUAACAUUGUCCCUUCACAAAUAUCAUUUAUAUUAUUCUGGAAGAGAUAUUAUCAAUUAAAAUUAAAUUUUGAGGAAAAUGAAAAGAAGAGAAAGUUGUUUGAAUCUUUGAAUAAUACAAACACCAAGAAUGAAAGUGUUAAAGAACAUUUAUAUUUGGACGUUCUGAAGGAUAUUCUAAAUGAUGAUUUUAAUUCCGUACAAGAGAUUAGAGACUACAUUAAAAUGCAAUUAGGUUCCGAAGUUUUAUCAUUGAAUGAAACAACAUUAGCAACAAAUGACACUACAUUAGAGGUUAACAGUGAUAAUAUUGUUGCUGCUAGUGGUGACGCCACCACAUCUGACAAUGCUACAAGUGCAGCACAAAAUGAUGAGGAUGAUGAUUGGGAAUAA